UUGAAAAACGCAUUCCUUUCACACAUUACAUUACGGGUUACCCUCUCUUUCCUAACUUUUGCCUAAUUUCCACUCUAUGUUCUCUCUCUCUCAGACGCAAUCUCACCAACUUACCCUCUCUCUGCAGCUCCUCUCUUCUCUUUUUCUGCACUUUGUUUGUAUUUAUGUAAUCCUACUUCUGGAGUUAAAGAAGCUGUUGUCUUGGUUUCUUAAAUAAGGAAUUUGGGAUGAUGGAAUCGAAGAUUGGAUUUUCCGUUGAAUUUGAGGUGUUAAAAAGGUAAUUCAAGUGGCUAUGUCUUGUGGGCAACUCUCGUGUGGAUUCAUGGAUGUUCUGGUUGUUAUCGUUUAUUUCCUGGGUGCUAUAGAGAGGAUGGCUAAGAUUUAAUUUUAGUAAUCAUUUAAGCUGAUAUUCAAAUUCGGAUUCUGUACUGCCCUGGGUUCUUAUUUCUUAAUCUAGUUGAACUGGGUCGUUGCUAUUUUCUUCUUUUUCUUUAAUUUUUUUCCUGAAAAAAAUUAAUGUUCUGGGCCUUCGACAAAUGGAAGCUAAAGUAAGAGGAAAGUCUCACCAUUUCUAUGGGCCAGUAGUGUCGGAUAUGAAGGCAGCUGGGAAAAAGAGUCUAGACUGGGAUUUAAAUGACUGGAAAUGGGACGGCGAUCUUUUUACAGCUAGUCCAUUGAAUUCCGUGCCAUCUGACUGUAGGAACAAGCAGUUGUUUCCUGUCGGUGCCGAAAUUCCCCAGAAUGGAGGUUUAUUUAACACCUCAGCUUCUGGUUCUGACAAUAAUAAUGACUUGGACAAUGAGAAAGGAAAGAGAGAAUUGGAGAAGAGAAGGAGGGUUGUGGUUGUUGAAGAUGAAGACUUGCCUGCUGAUGAGGCUGGGUCCCUUAUUCUGAAGCUUGGUGGUCAAGCCUAUCCAAUUGUGGAUGAAGAUGCAAAAUGUGGGAAGAAGACAAAAUUUAUUGGGAAUGCUUCAAAUCGUGCUGUUUGUCAGGUGGAGGACUGUAGUGCUGAUCUCAGUAAUGCUAAGGAUUAUCACCGACGGCACAAGGUCUGUGACAUGCAUUCCAAGGCCAGUAAAGCGCUGGUAGGAAAUGUUAUGCAGCGGUUUUGCCAGCAAUGUAGCAGGUUUCAUGUUCUUCAAGAGUUUGAUGAAGGGAAAAGAAGCUGUCGUAGGCGUUUGGCUGGCCACAACAGACGGAGGAGGAAGACGCAUCCUGAGAAUGUAGUAAAUGGAGCUUCCUUGAAUGAUGAAAAGGGUAGUAGCUAUCUAUUGAUAAGUCUUCUGAGGAUUCUUUCCAAUUUGCACUCAAACAGCUCUGAUCAAGAAAAGAAUCAGGAUCUGCUUUCUCAUCUAUUAAGGAACCUAGCCAGUCUUGCUGGUGCAACUAGUGAAGGGAGUAUAUCUAAAGUCCUGCAGGAGUCUCAAGCUUUAGAAAAUGCUGGGAAAACUGCUGGGACUCUUGGAAAAGGGUCAGACAAGAUUACAACUGGUUUUGAAUCUGCUGGGCCUUCUACGAUGGCUUGUAAAAGUUCUGAGGACAUAGUGAGGCCUUUGGGCCAAGGUGGGGCAGUACCAGUUUCGGAUUUGGCACAGAAAAGUGUAUGGGAUGGAACUCCGCAACCUAUGCCAAGUUCAACGUCAACAAAGUUUUUCCCAUCAAGAUGCGAUUUUCCAGCCAAAAUAAAAGAACCAAAGGCUGCAGUUGGAAGGAUAAAGUUCAAUAACAUUGACUUGAACAAUGUGUAUGAUGGGUCACAAGACUCUGCAGGGAACCUAGAGCUGUCUCCUGCCCCUUUAAUUCCUGGGACAGGGUCUAUCAAUUGCCCUCUAUGGCUACAGUCUGGCUUUCAUAAGAGAAGUCUGCCACAGAUGAGUGGAAACUCAGACUCAACUUCUUCCCAGUCACCAUCUAGUUCCAGUGGAGAGGCUCAGAGUUGCACGGACAGAAUUGUUUUCAAACUCUUUGGUAAAGACCCAAAUGAUUUUCCUAUCACUCUGCGGACUCAGAUACUUGAUUGGUUAUCACAUAGUCCUACUGACAUAGAGAGCUACAUACGGCCCGGGUGUAUAAUAUUAACAAUCUAUCUUCGUUUGGGAAAACCUGAAUGGGAGGAGAUCUGCAUUGAUCUGGGUGCCAGGUUGAGUAAGCUUCUUGAUGGAUCCACCGACUCUUUUUGGAGGACAGGAUGGGUUUAUGCUAGGGUGCAGCAUUGUGUAUCCUUCAUUUAUAAUGGUCAAGUUGUUUUGGACACACCCUUACCUCUAAAGAGCCAUAAACAUUGCAGGAUCUCAAGCAUCAAACCUAUUGCAGUGACUUUAUCUGAGAGAACUGAUUUUACAGUCAAGGGCUUCAAUAUUUUUCGGCCUUCGACCAGGUUAUUGUGUGCUCUAGAAGGAAAGUAUCUGGUGCAGGAAACAUCUCGUGACUUGAUGGACGGUGCUGAUACAACCAAUGAGCAUAACAAGCUUCAAUGCUUGACCUUCCCUUGCUCUAUACCAAACAUAAUUGGGAGAGGCUUCGUUGAGGUUGAAGACCAUGGUCUUAGUAGCAGCUUCUUUCCCUUUAUAGUUGCAGAGAAAGAAGUGUGUUCUGAGAUCUGUUUGCUGGAGGAGGCACUUGAGGUGCCUGAAACUGCUGAUGGCAUGCAUAAAAACACUGAGAGAAUAGAAGCCAAGAAUCAAGCACUGGACUUUGUAAAUGAAAUGGGCUGGCUUCUGCAUAGAAGUCGCUUGAAGUUUAGACUGGGUGAUUUAUAUCCCAACUUAGAUCUUUUCCCUUUCAGACGGUACAAGUGGCUUAUAGAGUUUUCCAUGGAUCAUGAUUGGUGUGCUGUGGUGAAAAAACUCCUCGCCAUUCUGUUUGAUGGAACUGUAGAUACAGGAGAGCAUUCUUCGAUUGAGCUUGCAUUGCUAGAUAUGGGUCUGCUCCAUCGAGCUGUGCAGAGAAAUUGCAGAUCUAUGGUUGAGUUACUAUUAAGAUACGUCCCAGAUAAAGAAUUUGGUAGAUCAGGGCUAGAACAAAGGCAAGAAGUUGAUGGGGGCUAUAAAAGCUUUAUAUUUAAGCCUGAUGAUGUCGGACCUGGUGGGUUGACUCCUCUUCAUGUUGCUGCCAUCAGAGAUGGAUCAGAGAAUAUACUGGAUGCUUUAACGGAUGAUCCUGGAUUUGUGGGAAUUGAAGCAUGGAGAAGAGCUCGUGACAGUACAGGCUUGACACCAAAUGAUUAUGCAUGCCUUAGAGGUCACUACUCUUAUAUCCAUCUAAUCCAGAGAAAGAUCAACACAAAAUCAGAAAAUGGGCAUGUGGUGCUUGAUAUCCCUAGAACCCUCGUGGAUUGCAACACCAAACAGAAAGAUGGGCUUAAAUCAUCAAAGUUUUAUGGCUUGCAAAUAGGCAGGAUGGAAAUGAACACAACGAAGCGGCAUUGCCGGUUAUGCGAACAAAAGCUGGCCCGUGGCCAGUCAAGAACAUCGCUGGUGUACAGGCCAGCAAUGCUGUCAAUGGUGGCCAUUGCUGCUGUGUGUGUGUGUGUGGCUCUGCUCUUCAAGAGCUCUCCUGAAGUUCUAUAUGUGUUCCAGCCUUUCAGGUGGGAGCUAGUGAAGUACGGGUCGAGUUGAGGUGUACGAGUGUGUAUUAAGUUGCCCAGCGGUAGCAUUACUAAACUAGUCUAGUGUAGGUCGGACAAUUUUCUUCUUUUCUUUUUCCCGAGAAAAAAUAAGGUAGAAGUGCUAAUGAUGUGUAUGAAUUUACAUGUUAAUGUAAAUGUAUUAAAAUCAGUUUCACUGGGAAAUGUUAUGCAGCAGAAGUAGAUGGAACGUUUUAUCUUA